AUGCGGUUCUUGGCUUUAUCCCUCGCAGCUGUGAUGACCUUCGUGUCGGCGGCCAAAGUCAAUCUCCCCUUGCGUUCCCGUGCCAGAGAGCAAGCCGGCGAUGAUACCAGAUUUCGUUUGCCAAGCGUCCGGAGCGUCACUAAUUCCUCUGGAGUUAAUGUGCCUGUGACGGACUGGUUCAACCGCACAGACAACCAGUGGUACACAACGUUCGCUGUCGGCACUCCGCCUCAGAACCUGACCGCAUUGUUUGACACUGGAUCUCCUCUUCUUCUACUCCCGCGGAACAACUGCACCACCUGCGGCAACUUGACGCUGUUCAACCCUGGGGAGUCCAGCACCUUUUCACCCCUUCCCGGCACGGAAGUGGACGAAUACUUCUCGACGGGCGCCGACUCGAUCCCUUUCCUGGAGCCUCAGGGAGCCAAAUGUAAAUACGUCCACGACGCGAUCGCUCUUGGAUCAGGGGAACUGAAAGUCGACAGCCAGCAGUUUGCGUUGUGCGAUACUUAUGCUGAGGCUCUGGACAUCUCGGGGAUCUCGGGGAUUAUGGGAAUGAGCCUGCCGAGUCCAGACAGCAAGAACACUGCUUGGUAUUGGAAUCUCGUUAACGAUGGCCAGCUGGAUUCUCCGUUGUACUCCUUCUAUACUCCGCCUGGCGACAUCGAAGGCGGGCAGGUCACACUGGGCGGAAUCGAUGAAUCCAAAGUUGAAGGAGAUAUCACCUAUACCGAUCUCGACGCCACCGCAACCAACGACUUCUCCGCGUACGUCGUCGACCAGUUUGCGUUGUACUCCGAUGGUAAAAUCUUGACCAACGGGUCAGCAACCCCGCUUCCUCGCGGUCUGGCCAUAUUAGACACCGGCACCGCCUUCAUGCAGACACCAGAUUACGCCACCGCGAAGAACAUAUAUGCCCAGAUCUCCCCUAACAUUACCCAGAUAGAUGCUGCGGGGGCCUGGGGCGCGCCCUGUGACGAACUAGAGGGCUUUGCGCCUGAUUUGACGUUCACGCUGGGUACCACAGCCAAGUCGUUGAAUUUCACCAUCCCGAAACGUUACUUCAGCCUUGGCGAGUACCCAGGACAGCCGGGGAUUUGCCAGGCAGUCUUCAACAACCCCGUGCCGGGCACUGAGAUUUCCUAUGAUGACACCGCGGUAUGGCUCAUCGGUUCGCCGCUGCUCGACAAGUACUACACCGUAUGGGAUGGCGUUGGGCUGCGGAUAGGCUGGGGCAAGCUCCUUGGAGCUGACCUCUCGGGCUAUUAA